AGCCUUUACGGGUGGAGAGCAGAAUAGAAGGUGUAUCGAUGGGGAUAGGGCAGCAAUCCAGGUGGAGCACACCUGCCCUUGCUCUUCCGAUGGUCCAUGCCUUCACCGCGAACUUCAUAGUACUGCUGUGGAUGGAUUUGGAGGUGGAAAUGGAGGAUCUUUGGGGCAAGGACAGGGUUUUGCUAAGCGGGUUGUUGGUUCUCGGGCAUUGUCGUCAGAACGGGUUGGAUGGACUUGGAUUGGGUUUAGGUCGGGUUAAUUUAAGUAAGAUGAUUUUUGACCCAACUGUCAACGUACUUCUAUUUCGCACCCAGUCCUACCAUUGUCCAAACCCACAGCGAAGCAACUCUGCGAAAAUGGCCGCAAUAGCCAUUGGCAAAUCCCUCCAUAUUUUCUCUUCAAAGGAAUCCCUCUCAUUUAGCCCCUUAACAAUAACAAAACCAAAAACCCACCACCUGAAAUUCACCAAAACCAUAUGCAGCCCCAAUUCUCAUCGUCUUCGUCUUGCCAUAAGAGCUUCUUCAACCUCCUCCACCGCCCUCAAUGACCCUCCUAUACCCACUCUUAAAAGUUCCGAUCAUCAGCUUCGAGUCCAAAUCCUCUCUGAAUCACUCCCCUACAUCCAGAAAUUUAGGGGAAAGACCAUUGUCGUCAAAUACGGCGGCGCCGCCAUGAAAUCUGCCGAACUCAAGGCCUCUGUUGUCAGGGAUCUCGUUCUUCUCUCCUGCGUCGGCCUCCGCCCCGUACUCGUCCACGGCGGCGGUCCUGAAAUCAACGUCCUUCUCAAUCAGCUUAAUAUCCCCGCUCAGUUCCAUGAUGGCCUCCGUGUAACCGACGCCAAGACCAUGGAAGUUGUUUCCAUGGUCCUUGUUGGCAAGGUUAACAAAGACUUGGUCUCUCGCAUCAACUUCGCUGGAGCCACCGCCGUGGGCCUUUCCGGUAUGGACGGCCGCCUUUUAACUGCCCGACCCAGCCCAAACGCUGCGCAGUUGGGUUUUGUUGGAGAAGUUGCGAGAGUGGACCCCACAGUUCUCCAACCGCUUGUGGACAACGGGCACAUCCCGGUGAUUGCUUCAGUGGCGGCAGACGAGUUUGGGCAGCCUUACAACAUCAAUGCGGACACGGUAGCAGGUGAAGUGGCGGCAGCAUUGGGGGCGGAGAAGCUGAUUCUGUUGACAGACGUGGCAGGGAUUUUGAGUAACCGAGAGGACCCUGGAAGCUUGGUGAAAGAGAUAGAUAUAAAGGGAAUGAAAAAAAUGAUCGAGGAUGGGCAAGUGGGUGGUGGGAUGAUUCCCAAAGUGAAUUGUUGUAUUCGGUCACUUGCUCAAGGGGUCACCACUGCUAGCAUUAUUGAUGGUCGUGUUGAGCACUCGUUACUUCAGGAGAUUAUGACCGAUGAAGGCGCAGGAACAAUGAUCACCGGUUAAUCUAUAAUCUACUCUUUUAUACGUUCCUAUAACUUUCAAUGCCUUUUUGUAUCAGUUGCUAUGGACAAUGUUUAUUUCACUUGCUGCAUCAAUCUUGUGUGGCAAGAAUAAAACUGGUAAUGAUGGAAGCUGAACAUGAAUUUAUGCAUGAAAUUGGAAGCAACUUUGAAUUUCAACUUUCUCCAACUUCUUGGCUAUUAACUCCGACACGAUCCUUUCUUCUUGUAUUUGGAAUUGGAAUUGUUGUUCCAAGACAAUUUCAGUGGAUACUGUAUAGUUUUUCUACCUCUUUAAGAGUAUAUAUGCAAGAAAUGUCAGUUAAUUUUAUGAUAGAAGAUUGCAGGUAGAGUUGGUCGUCUGUAAUCUGUGGUAACUGAGAACAAUUGUAUAGCAUUUUACGUGAUUCAACCUAAGUGAACAUGCAGACAAGCAUUUUAAGUUGUCGUAUUUUAACCUGAGGCAAGAGUUGUUAGGCAGUUAUGUUAUUCUGCAAGUCCUAUAUCUUCAAACCCAUAGGCAAGCAUCGCCAAGUUAUCACCACUCUCAUUUGCAUUUCCAACAUGUGAGAAACUUGUAUCCUAUCUUCCUUUUAGUUGCUACCAUGAAAAAUACAAUUUUCAGACAUACAAGAUGGAAGAAGAAAUGAAAAUCCAAGAUGACACUUGAAAGUUGCAAGUACACAUGUAUUUA